GAGUUUUUACUACACUGAUGUGCACACACUGAUCUAGUGAUCUACAUUUACAUUGACCUGCAUCAAGUAUAUUUGGUUUAAUCAUGUCACGUUUAUUAGCUAGCUAGUCAAAAUGCUUGUGAGCUAGUAAAAUGAUGAUAAUGACAACUUAAUUGGCGCCUUUGUCUUUUAUUACAUCUUCAUUUUAUACUAUAUAAAUAAUUUUCACACACAUCUCUCAAUCAUCACUUGCAUAUACAGAUCUUGAGAUUUGUCAUAAGCCCACUUUUUACAACUAAAAUUUCAAAAAUUUCAAAAAUAAAAAAUGUUACAUUUGUUUAGCACACACCAAGAUUCUUGUCAAUGUCAAUACUUUUUGGACCCAAAUGAAAAGUUUUGAUCUUUGUUCAUUUUUCAUCACUAGACUAAAAUGGUCACUCAUUUUUCAAUUUUCUCAUUGAUUUUCUUGAGUUUUUCUUGUGUUUUUGUUGAUGGGUCAAGUAGUAGUGAUGAUAUUGAAGCUCUUUUGGGCUUGAAAUCAUCGAUUGAUCCAUUGAAUUCUUUGCAAUGGAGUGGUGAAAAUGUGUGUAAAUGGAGUGGUGUCAAGGAAUGCUUGAGAGGGAGAGUGACAAAGCUUGUGUUAGAGCACUUAAAUUUAAGUGGGAAUUUGGAUGAGAGGAGUUUGAAUAAGUUGGAUCAGCUUAGAGUUCUUAGUUUUAAGAAUAACUCGCUUUCGGGUCAAAUCCCGAGUCUUUCCGGUCUUCAAAAUCUUAAAUCUUUGUUUUUGAAUAAAAAUAAGUUUUCCGGCCAGUUUCCGGCGACUAUUUCCGGCUUGCACAGGCUUAAAGUGGUGGUUCUGUCGCAAAAUAGAAUUUCCGGCGAGAUUCCGGCGUCUGUGGUUAAUAUCAGGCGGCUUUAUGUUUUGUAUGUGGAGGAUAAUCUCUUGACAGGGCCCAUUCCGGGGUUUAAUCAAACAGGGCUUAGAUACUUGAAUGUUUCGAAUAAUCAACUUUCCGGCGAGAUUCCGGCGACUCCGGCGUUAGUUAGGUUCAAUUUGUCGUCAUUUUCCGGGAAUGUGGAGUUAUGUGGGGAGCAAAUUGGUGUCCCUUGUAAUGGGAGUGUGGUCAGUGCUCCGCCGUCAUUGAGCCCCGGAGUUACGGAGAAAAAGCACCGGAAAAACAAGAAAAUAAUAUGGAUUGUGGCCGGAAGUGUUGGUGGGGUCCUUUUGUUGUGUAUUUUGGUGGGGUUAUUACUAUUUUGUAUGAGAAAGAGGGGGAAAAAUGAGACAAGGGUUGACCGGAGCAAGGCUGUUUCCGGCGGUGACACGGCGGCUCCGGCACCGGAGGAAGACUCCGGCGGUAGUGCAGGUGGUAAGGGAGGUGGGUUUAGCUGGGAAGGAGAUGGGGGAAUUGGGAGUCUAGUGUUUUGUGGGCCAGGUGAUCAACAAAUGAAUUACAGUUUAGAGGAUUUGCUGAAAGCAUCUGCAGAGACAUUAGGGAGAGGCACAAUGGGGAGUACUUACAAGGCUGUAAUGGAAUCCGGGUUUAUCGUGACGGUGAAGAGGUUGAAGGAUGCUCGAUAUCCGAGAGUGGAGGAGUUCAGGCGGCAUAUGGAGGUGAUCGGGAAGCUCCGGCAUCCAAAUUUGGUGCCUAUCCGGGCUUACUUCCAGGCUAAAGAAGAAAGGCUUCUGGUAUUUGAUUACUUCCCCAAUGGCAGUCUCUUUUCUCUCAUUCAUGGAUCAAGAACUUCAGCUGGGGGAAAGCCUCUUCACUGGACUUCGUGUCUGAAAAUAGCAGAAGAUUUAGCCACCGGACUAAACUACAUUCACCAAAACCCAGGCCUGACACAUGGAAACCUCAAAUCCUCCAACGUGCUAUUAGGAUCCGACUUUGAGUCCUGCCUCACUGAUUACUGUCUCACCACAUUCCGAAAUCAUGAUUCAGCUGAAGAAUCUAGCGCCUCUGCACUCUUCUACAGAGCCCCUGAGUAUCGUGACACACGUCGCCCCCUCACUCAACCGGCUGAUGUAUACAGCUUCGGGGUCAUCCUGCUCGAGCUCCUCACAGGGAAAACUCCGUUCCAAGACCUUGUUCAAGAACAUGGCGAGGACAUUCCACGUUGGGUUCGUUCAGUCCGAGAAGAAGAGACCGAGUCCGGUGAUGACCCUGCCUCUAGCAAUGAGGGAUCAGAGGAGAAACUUGCAGCUCUUUUGAACAUUGCAAUGGCCUGUGUUGCACUCACACCGGAUAACAGGCCCGAAAUGAGGGAGGUCUUGAGGAUGAUUAAAGAGGCAAGAGCAGAAGCACAAGUGUCUUCUAAUAGCAGUGAUCAUUCUCCGGGGAGAUGGUCAGACACUGUUCAGAGCUUACCAAGGGAUGAUAAUCUGAGCAUAUGAGAAUUAGAUUUACGUCUGGGCAUAUAGUUCUCCUAGACAUAGCCAGUUUCUUGUUUUAAAGGUAUCAUUGUUAUAUGUAGGCUUAUUAGGAUUGUGGGUUUUUCAAGGCAUUUGUAGAGCAUAUUUCAAGUUUAUUUGUGAAAAGGUAAUUUCUUUUUUCAUUA